CCAAACAAAAAACAUGGCGUCGCCGGGUUUGGAGCUACUGUAUGCUCUGGUGUCUCCGGACAUCAGACAGCCUCAGGACUCCCUGGUCUGCUUCAUCCACUGGGAACUGAUCAGCCAAGGCCUCCGCUGCCUGGGGAAAGGAGAAAAGGCUGAAGCCAAUGAGAAAGAAUCAGAGCGACUUCCAGAUGGCUGGGCCAGCAACCAAGAGCUGUACACAAUGCGCUAUGCGAACGACAAGACAAAGAUUUUAUUUAAAGCUCUGAAAGUGGAGGACACCUUGAUAGUCAAUGUGAUGGACAUGAAAACAGAAAAGGUCAGCAACCUGACGCUGAAUGUUGGAGAGUGCAUAGACAAAGCCAACUUGAAAGACUACUCCAGGGUGUUUAAGAAAAAAAAAAGAACUAAAUCGACGGCUGAAGACUGAACUACUGUCCCCACUGCUCGGCUCUACGGAGAAGACUGGGAAACUUGAGCGAGAACGGGAGAGACCCUCAGAUUAUGUUACCCCUAAUGUGCCAACUGGUGGCCCUCCACCACACCACACUCCACGAGAAAAUCCCAGUGGGAAUAUUCCUUAUGGUUCUGCAGACUUGAAUCCCUUGGGCGGGCAUGGAGGUAUGAUCUUCGAUCCUUUUGGAUCAGGUUCGAGACCCAGACCUGACCCUACAAUUGGACUCCCUCCAGGAGCGGUGCCACCUGGCGCUCGGUUUGAUCCCUUUGGUCCUCCAGGUGCUAGACGCCCCGGGCCUGACCCCGACCAUCUCCCACCUCCGGGUUAUGAUGACAUGUUCAUGUGA